CUCAAGCCAAAUUCCAAUUCUGUUCAAGAUGCAAAAUGCUAUGGUCAGGACACCACUGUUGCUUAGAAUCUCCCAUUGGAAUAUUGGUCGCUGUAAAGAAAGGAUGUUAGCAUUCCUAGACCUCAUGAUUACCGAACGCUUGGACGUUGCCUCCAUUAAUGAACCCAAUUUGUCUUUGCUCAACUCCCUUGUACUUCUGGACCCUUCCUCAAAUACUCUUCCUCCUGUUUUCAUUUUGAUUUCUAAAAAAUAUUCAAUUCAAUUCACUGACAAGACAGUUUUACUGGUCAAAAAAUCGCUGUCCCCUUACCAUGUUCAAAGCCCUUAUCCGUUCUUGGUUCACUCUAAAGUUUAUUCAUUAAAUUUAAUUUCAUUGUACGUCUCCGUCCGUCCACUUAUUAAAUUCUCUGAGAGAACUAAAGCUCUUACAUAUUUAGGAGAUCUAGAUAACCUUAUUAUCUGUGGGGACUUGAACGAACAAGACCCUCUUUGGUCACACCAAGCGCCCAAGAUCAGUGACUGGAACCAAUUCUGUACCAUAAAACAUCUCCAUAAUUUCACUCCACCAACAGGAGAUAAUUUUACUUACAAAAACAAUCUAGGGAAAUCAUGGAUUGAUGUCAUUUUGCUCCCCACAUCAACUAAACUUUUAGAACAAGAGGUUGUCAAUACUCCAGUGGAUCAUAGUCGCCUAUUCACAGUAAUUGAAACCCUUACCACCAAGCCAACGCCCAAGGUUCUUUACAAACGCGUCUUCAGAAGCUUUAAAUUGAAUUUAAUGAACUCGGAACUUAUCCCCCAUGAACUGAAUACACACUCCCCUCUUGUCCUCAACUGUAAGAGAAUCUUGCUUUUUCCAGAAUCCAAUUCAACGCUAAUCAAGAUCCCUCUUCGCAAAUUUUCACGUGGUCUCAGGAAGCUGAAACGUCUUAAACGAUUCUAUGCAAAACACAACUAUACUUCACAGUACUUAAAGGUGAAGGAAAGCAUUCGACUCAAGAAAGUUAAACACUCUUCUUCGUCCUUUAUCUAUUCUCGCGUUGAUAAGAUGGAUACAAAGAAAUUUUGGCACUGGAUUAACUCAACCCUUGUCUCACAAAGCAAAACCUCUAUCUCGUCACUGAGUCUCAAUGACUAUCAAUUGAAUUCAAUUAAAGAUACCCUGGCUUUAUUCACCCAAACAAAACCCUCCAUUAAUGACGCCCAAUUCGUUCCAGUUAAAGGCAAUCUAUUUAGACAUGAAUGGCGUAAGGCCUCCUCUAAUUCAAGUUCUACGUCUCUGGCAGCUGACUCUUUUACUAAAUCUUCUUGGAAGAAAUUCCUAACUUUGAAUGAGCAUCGUGUUCAAGAAGUUAUUAGAAAAAUAUUUGCCAUCUCAUAUAUACCUAGUGUUGUUCGCUUAUUUGGGUGCACUCUAAUUCCUAAAUCAGAUGGUAAAAGAAUGCGCCUCCUCAAGACACCCAAUUUCUUACUCACAAUCAUUGACAAAGUGCUUUCCUCCAGAUUACAAUCGAUUGCUCCUACACUGUUGCUACCUGAUUCCCAAUUUGCCUUCUUAUCUCACAAAUCCCGUGAUGAUUUCUACCUUGCUGUUACUAAUACUGGCAUUGACAGGCCGCUAUACAUUUCACUGGAUCUAUCCAAUGCUUUUGAUGAGAUUAACAUUGACCCUCUCAUUGCUACCCUCAGUCAAUCACACCCGGACAUUAGCCAAUUAAUCAAAAGUUUCUGUAAAGCGAGAUUAAUUAAAUUGAAUUACUUGUCAAAAGUUUACUACAAAAUAGAAAAUACCGGUGUCCCUCAAGGCUCGUCGAGUGGCCCUCUUAUAUUUAUCCUAGCUCUGGACAAAGUUAUACGAAGCCUGAAUCGGCUAUUCAUCACAAAAGCCUAUGCUGAUGACAUUAUCGUCAUCAUGGAUUCUCAAUCAUCUCAUAUUAUCCAAACACAAAUUGAAACCAUUAAGGAGUCCUUUCUUUCUUUGGAUCUCAAGCUUAAUGUUAAUAAGACAAAAAUCCAUGACACUUCAGUAAUUCCCAUAAAAGAUUUUACUAUGGUGGGCUAUUCAACACUUUCUAACCUGUCCUCCCCUCAAUUCAAUUCAAUUAUUCAUGAGAUACGAUUCUCAACUCUUGACUGUCUCGCUGGGAUUGGUUCACUAUAUGGCUACUUUCCUUGGAAGGUUAAAAGAUUAUUGUUAUCAAGCAAAUUAUUACCCAGAUUUAAUUGCCUAGGCUUCGAGAUCUUUAAAUCAAAACCCAUCAAAGUCCUAUUAGACGCCACAUAUUCAAUUCAACACACUUCACUGUCCGCUCUAGACUGCAACUUCUCAGGAAUGACAGACCUUUACACGAUAUAUGGCUUGCAUCACCCCCUCACCUAUCUAUGGUACUCACUUAUCAAGUGGUGCGCUCGCCACCCCCAAAGAAGUAAACCUUAUGUUCAAGUUCUCCCUGAAGAAUUGCUCGCCCACUCACGAGUAAGUUACGGCAAGGCUCGAUCCUCUGUGAACAAUCUACCGCCAUGUUAUCAUGGUCACAUUUCAGACAUUUUGAAACGUAAAGUAUACUGUGGGUGCCCGGUUAAUUGGGCCAUUAACAAUUCACGGUUGAUUCUCUCACUAGAAGUCAAUUCAAUUCAAUUAUAUCAGAUUAGUUCUAAAUACCAUGGGUUGUUAUUGAUGGUUGCUAUACAAGCUAAGCUGAUUUCCGAGGAUCUCGCUUCUCACAUUUUCAUCCAUCCAGAUCUCAGUAAAUUCAUCACAGGUACCUCUCCAUAUAUCAACGACCUACACUCCCUACUUUGGCCAAUUAGACAUAAAGAAUGGACCUGGUCUGACCUCAAUCCACAACCCUCAUAUAACCUACUCAAACAGCUGGAUCCAGCUCAAAUUCCUUUGGAUUAUCCUUUAAUUCCCACUGCUAUCUGGCAGAAAAAACAAUAUCAAUGGAUCAAAACUCAAAUAAUUGAAUGGCGUCGGGCUAAGAGAGAUUUUUGGACCUGCAUCAGCCCUAAUUUAAUUCAAUUGACUAGCGAAGGUAGAUUGGGUCAAUUCCGCUAUUAUGAACUGACCAAGAAUCUCAAAUACUCUGUGGUUAAUAUCAAACUCUUGAACAUAUGCCUCCAUCGAAUUGAUUGGCAUCACAUACUCUUAGAUGACUGCACAUCAAUGAUUGACAUUCGAGCCCACUAUGGUAUCACUCAACCCAAUAUAGAAUCAAUUCCUCAAGGUCAACGUAAACAGAUCAUGAAAUCCAUAAUCAACCUUACAACUGACCUGGUUGCUCUUACCUCGUCUAAAGGAGAUACAUCCUUGAUACUAUGACUCUCCUAGACACAAACGCUGUGAGAAAAUCUAAGCCUUAUCAUUAAAGGGCUUCUCUUUUUGUUUCUCUUUUUCUUUUUUUUUUUUUUUUUGGGAGGGUUGGGGACAAACUUUAUUGAAUUGAAUUUUUUUUUUUUUUUUACUUAAGGCUGUUAAAUUGAAACUUCACACUCAAAUAACUGUUAAAUUUACUACUUUGUAAUACCACAUUUUGUAAUCCUAAUUCCCGAAUUUUGUAUUUCCCUCCCUUUUUGAUGGUCGAACAUACCAUCAAGCGGUGCGACUAGCAUGCAUACGCAGGUUGCUUUCCACUUACCGAGAGUAACCGUUUGGGAGAGCGGUAUCCCGAUUCCUGUAACUAGGUGAAAUUUCAAUAAACUACCGGUUUUGCCUUUUUUGUUUUCUUUUUUCAUCUUUUCAUUGUCUUUACUGUUAGGUAAAAAGUUUUUGCCAACAUUUUGGUUUAUUUUCAGUUUCUUUAAAAUAUCUUUCAACACCAUGUUGCGAUACAGCUUGUUAAUUUUACAUGUGAUCAUCUCGAUUAACCUGGUAACUGUCAACUGUGAUCAAAACACUGAUCUUUCUGUGCCUUCAAUCUCACAAACUCAUACAAAAUCUGGUAAACAAUCCGAUUGUAAGUAUAUGAAAGGAACUUGGUCUGCCUGUUCAAAUGGCAUCAGAAGCCGUGAGGAUACUUUGAGGGUUUCCCAUUCAGUUUCAAACUGCAACAACACCAGAACUAUUCACAAAAAAUGUAAAAAUGUUUGCCGUUACAACAAAGGUCCAUGGUCAGAUUGUGUCAACGGUGAAAAAUCACGA